UUGGAUUUGUCUAUAGUUGUUGUUGGUUUUUCAUAUUUUCCUUUCGGAGCGCAGCUUUUGAUUUUAGAGCUGUGAGUGAGCCAGUUCGAUCAAAUUAAUACAUUUUUAUGCUGUUCGCGUGCGUGUGGUAUCUGCCUGAUGUUGAAAUAGUGUGGCUGAUGGCUGCAGUCAGUUUCCUUUCGUCGUCGCGGUUGCGUUUGUGGAAUUAAAUUCAGCGAACUGCACAGUGGCGUGAAAACAGACGACGACGGAGUGGUUUUUGCGAGCGGUUUUUCGUUUAGAGUGAAUCGAAUCAAUCGAGUGUAUGAUACGCAAGUAUAAGUUCCAGUGGCGGAUGCUCGUGCUUUUUCAAUAAAGACAUCCCCAAUAUCAGUGUACCAAAAAAAACAGUGAACAAGAAGGAUAAAAAAAGUGAUCGCCAUUAGUUAAGGCCUGUCCUGCCUCCCGCGUCCCGGGGAGGAAGCUGCGGAUCAGGAUCAUCACCACCAGCUGCGUCCCGAUGGGUUACGAUCUGACGCGCUUCCAGGGCGAUGUGGACGAGGAACUGAUCUGUCCGAUUUGUUCCGGGGUGCUCGAAGAACCGCUGCAGGCAGUGGCAUGCGAGCACGCGUUCUGCCGGGCAUGCAUUACGGAGUGGCUUUCGCGCCAGCCGACUUGUCCAGUGGAUCGGAACCCCAUCACCAACAGUAACCUACGCGCUGUGCCCAGAAUCUUGCGAAACCUGCUCUCCCGGUUGAAUAUCAGCUGCGAGAACGCCAUCUAUGGGUGUACGUUGGUCCUGAAACUGGACACGCUGGCCACCCACAUCGAGGAAUGCGAACACAAUCCGAAACGCCCGCUCCCGUGCGAGAAGGGCUGCGGAUUCGUGAUUCCAAAGGACGAGUACAAGGACCACAACUGCUUCCGGGAGCUGCGCUCGCUGGUGCACAACCAACAGCAGAAGAUGAGCGAGCUGAAGAACGAAAUCAACGAUCAGAACCUGGUGAUAAACGAGCUGAAGCGAGAACUGAAUCUGGUGAAGGAUUUUAUGAGGGCGAUGCGCGUGUCGAAUCCCGCGAUGCGGGCCAUCGCCGAUCAGAUGGAGCGGGACGAAGUGACGAGGUGGUGCAAUGGACUGGCGCGAGCUCGAGUCACCCGAUGGGGUGGGAUGAUUUCCACCCCGGAUGAGGCUCUGCAGUUGAUGAUUAAACGAGCGCUCUCGGAAUCGGGCUGCCCACCGCAUAUACUCGACGACCUGAUGGAGAACUGUCACGAGCGACGGUGGCCCCGAGGGCUGAGUUCGUUAGAGACACGCCAGAAUAACCGACGGAUAUACGAAAACUAUGUAUGUCGACGGAUUCCUGGAAAACAAGCCGUCCUCGUACUGCACUGCGACAAUACCCACAUGUCCGAGGACGUAAUGGUGGAACCGGGCCUGGUCAUGAUAUUUGCUCAUGGAAUAGAGUAAGAUAGUCGCACAUCUGUGGAACGGAAAUACCGACGAAUGCUUGUUGUGAUGCUGCUCAGUGAGAACGUGCAAAAAAAAGAUACACGACAUCUGCUUCUUGGAAAUACUGAGAUUCGGACAUGGAAACACCAACCCCAGAAAUAGACAGAUGACCACUUGCCACCACCGUUAAAUGCGAGGAAAAUUUACAAACUCCUCACCCUUUUCUACUGUGACUCGUAUUAUGCGUAAAAUGUUUUGACUGCUUCGGUGCCAUUUUUCGAAUGAACGGAGAGCACAAUUUAAGUUUAAUGACAAAAAUAGCACAAUCACAUUGCGGGGCUCAAAUGCGUCGAAAUUCCGAAGUGUCAAAACCUCUUGCCAAUAUAUCGCAAAUGUGUAGUGACCCAGUUUUAGUUUCAAUGCCUUUUGAAUUCAUGCAAUAAUGUACUAUUUUCUUCUUAAUUCACAAUUUGAUAACACAAAACAAAACUCACUUUGAAUCAUAUCAGUCAGUGUAUGUGUAAAACAAGAAGUCGAAUCGAAUGAAAGUAAUGAAAAUGAUCUCUGGAUUUGGAAUCCCCCUUAUUUGAAACAGAAAUGGAAGCAUCUUGCUCUACUAGUGCUGUGAGCGCGCGUGUUUGGUAAAGCGAAUGAGGAAGUGAAGCAAGAUUGCAGAAUGUGGUCACAUUUUGCGUGCUGGUUUGAAAUCAAAGUCUCAGCGUUCGUUUUACGAAUCAAAAUUUGUUUGAUUGGAGUAAUAAAAAAUUGCAAACCAAUCGAUACUAUUAGGAAUUGCCAAAAGUUUUUUUUUGCUAGUGAUAAUCGCCUAAAAAUCUAUAACUUUUCUCGGAUCUAUGUAAGAUUAGGUUUUAGUUUUGAUUCAUGACUAGCGGACUUAAAAAGGAUAUUAGAUAGGAGGAAGAGAAGAAAUUUCUCAAUUGCGCUGAGAAGGACGUGGAGAAGCUAGUUGCAUUGAUCUUUUUUUAGCUUCUUAAGUUUAAUUCUAAUGCUUGUAGUGUAUUCUGCAGAAAGAAUAAAGACCACUUCGAUGAAAAAA